GUAUCCGUAAUUGGGAAAAUUAUUGUAUAAUUGUGUAAUGUAUAAAUUGCUUGGAACUUAAAAGACUUCUAGCUUAUUAUUAUCCAUAAUUGUGAAAAUUCAUUCUAUAAUUGUGGGGAUUCUAAAGCCUGACUUACAAUUAGACAACUAUGGGUAGUGGAAAAGUGGUUGCGGGUUGCGCAUGCGUGUUUGUUGUUUUAGUUAUUACCAUGAUUGUGGCCCUUGUUGCAAGUUCUUUAAAGAAGCUGUCAUCUGACCAAGUUGGUAUUGUAUACGAUACGAUAAAUAAAGAUCUCGAGAAAGAGCCAAUGACAGAGGGGCUCCAUCUUGGCCCAGUCGGAUAUCAGUUCAUAAUUUUCCCAAGCGUCUACAAGACACUCGCAUUUGAUGACUUAAAGUGUUUAAAUGCUGAUGGUGUGAUAAUCACAUUAGACGUAACAUUCCAGUAUAAAGCUCAAGCUCCUAAACUCUAUGACAUUGUGAUGAACUUCAAAGACUAUGAGGGCUAUAAGACUGUCUUACAAUAUACAGGCGAGUCAGCAAUACAUGAAGCAUGUAGUUAUUUUACUACUGCACAGUUCCAGUCACAAAGAGGGAGUCUCCAAGAACAAUUACGUAAUAAGAUUAUCGUGAAAUAUGUUGUCCUCUACUGUGAUAUUACUGACCUACAGGUGAGUGAUAUAUCUCGACCAGAAGAGUAUGAAAAGGCCUUAAGGAGCAAGGAACGCGCACGAGAGGAUAUUAUGGUUGCUUUCAAUGAGAGACCAAGGUUGAUCACAGAGGCUGAAACUGAGAAAAGGGAGGCAAAUACUACCGCACAAAUUAUACUGGAUAAGGCCAACUCUGAUGCUAGAAUUCUGAAAGCAAGGGCAACUGCCGAGGCUGAGGGUAUUAUACAACAAUAUCAGAAAGAAUCGGAGGCUUAUCAGCAUAUACUAAGUCCUGAUGGUCUUGGUUUUACUGUUGACGGAUUUAUAUCUUACAUGGGUGUCCGUGUCAUCUCUUCAGCAAAGAAUCCAGUCUAUAUCGGCCUACAAAGUCCAGCAAAAUCUUCAUACCAAAUACCCUAGUUACCAUUGCAACUUAGCAUGACGUUAAGAAGAGCUCAUUCAAGAAAAAAUUGGUUAGAAUGUGAAAAUAGAGCUUUCACAUUGUAACGAUCAUUAAAAUCUGUAUAAAACCUUUGAAAACAGAAAACCUCAUGAAACCGUACAGUAGGCCAUGUCCGAUCAGAGUCCGGUUUUCAGAGUUUUUACUGUAUAGGCAUCUAUUGUUAUCUUUUCGUAUAUAUUUCAUUAUAAAUGGUCGAAAACGCUAAAAUUUCAAUCAAUUGAAACCAUAGUGGCAACAAUGUACAGAGUAUUUUGUUUUUGUGAGAUAUAGUUCAAAUUGUUUUGUUGAUUUUAUGUUUUAAAUCAAGAUUUUUGUAUGUUGACAAACGUUUGUGCAAUAGGUCAAGACAAAUUUAUCCUUCAUCGUUUUGUUUAAAAACCUUGUUAUUAUAUUCAAGUUUACAUGUAUAUAUAUUUUAUUCUUAGAGUUGACUUAUCUUUUAUGUUAUUUAUGUAUAUAUUACAUAUUAAUUGUAAGUUGUACUUUUAUUAGAUGUUAUUUAAUGAUAAUAUUAAUUCAUUAAAAUAAUUUACCCCACAUCGUGU